AUGUGUGGUAUUUUGGCAUAUUUUGGUAAAUCAUUUGGAUCAACUCUUACUGAUGAAUUCCAAGAACUAUACGAGAAAGACCUAACAGGACCAAUACAGUCAUGUAAUAGUAAUACGUUAUUUAAUGAACUGAUACCGUAUAUCGUGAGAAGAGGUCCAAACUAUGCGUCAUUGAGAUCGUUAUCUGAAAUUAAUGCUAUGUUGUUCUCAUCUGUAUUAUCUUUAAGAACACCAUUCACGAAACAAAGCGUCAUGGUACAAGAUCGUUACCUUCUACAGUAUAACGGGGAACUGUAUAAUGAUGAUACUGUUGAAAAUUGUGAACACAGUGAUACGGAAUAUAUUUCUUCACUUUUGGAAAAGCAUUCUGUUGAAGAGGUAGUAAGGAAAUGUUAUGGAGAAUUUGCGUACGCAAUUACUGAUCUUCAAGAACGAAAGGUAUAUUUUGGGAGAGAUAGCAUCGGUAAGCGAAGCUUGAGCUACAUAUUACUUGAUGAUGAGCUAUAUAUUACCAGUGUAAGUGGAAGAUGUGACGGUUUCCAGAACUGUCUAGCCGGUGUCAUUUAUAUCUUUGAUAUUAAUACUAAACAACUCACAGGUUCCGUUAAAAUUCACGAUGAGCCAUACAUAGUCUCCGACCAGAUUGAUAAUGAUUUCCAAUUAUUAGAAGAGUAUAAGAUUAAAUUGUACGAGUGCCUUAGACGAUCGGUAUACCAAAGAAUAGUUACAAUUCAUCCUAUGCAUUUGGAAAACGGAAAUAUUAGCAUUUUAUUUUCUGGUGGAUUAGAUUGUUCCGUAAUCACAGCACUACUGUGUGAACAACUCAUUAAAAUUAAUAGGAAUUCUGAAACGAUAAUUGAGCUUCUGAAUGUUGGUUUUGAAAAUCCUAGAACUGGUAAAAUGCCAUCAGACUCGCCUGACAGAAUAUUAGCAAUAAAAUCUGCACAACUUUUAAGUGAACUGUAUCCGCAGGUUAACAUAAAACUAAUUGAAGUAGACGUACCAUACACAGAUUAUCUUUCGCAUAAGGAUACAGUUAUAGAUCUCAUGUAUCCGAAGAAUACAGAAAUGGAUCUCUCGAUAGCAAUUGCAUUUUAUUUCGCCUCAAGAGGCCGCGGUAAAGUCACAGAAAAUGGGGAGAGUAAACCAUAUAAUAGAUCUGGUAUUGUAAUGUUCAGUGGAUUGGGAGCUGAUGAGUUAUACGGGGGCUACCAUAAAUUUUCAAAUAAGUCAAACGAAGAACUUGUGAUAGAACUUCAGAAACAAAUAGCUCAAAUUCAUGACAGAAAUUUGAACCGAGAUGAUAAGGUUAUUUCCAAUCAUGGUAUUGAAGUCAGAUAUCCUUUCUUGGAUGAAAGAGUUGUUCAGUUUUCAGUGGAUUUACCACUAAACUACAAGGUUAACAAGCAUAUAUUGCGUGUCAUGGCGAAGGACAUUUUACGCCUCGAUUUCAUUAGUGAAGAGCCAAAGAGAGCAAUCCAAUUCGGAGCAAGAAGUGCCAAAAUGACAAAAGACAGUAACAAAAGGGGUACUGAUUUACUGAAGUAA